GAGAGAAACUGUCGAAUGUUGAGACGACUUCGUGAUAAUGAAAAGAUUGAUUUAAAACAUAUUUCUUAAAGAUUAGAAGCAAAACGUACACAAUUUAUAAUUUAUUGUCGAUUCAAAAUGGUGGCUGCGUAUGAUACAUGUUUUCCCGCUUCUAAGGUCAUUCAGAUGAUAAGGGAUGGCAACGCUAGAGCUUACAGCCACCCCAGGAGGGGAGAAUCGUCUAUUGUCUCUGAGGGUCACACCAGAACAAGAAAUUGCUAUCUAUGCAUUCUUUCAAAUCAAUGGAUGGACAAUCAUAACUGAAGAGGUACCGAAGCAGUGUGAAAUAUGCCAGAAAGCAAUAAAUGGGGAGACACCCGAACCAACACAUUGCCAGAAAUGUCAGAAAGUCAUAGAAGUGGAGUCCAAGCAAACAGAAACUGAAACUCAGGACCAGCCAGCGGUAAUUCAGCAGAUAGCUCAGCAGCCUAAUCAUACACAGCAGGGCUCCGUCAUAGCGCUGCAGGAUCAGAUGGGGAGGAAAGUAGUAGUGGUAGGAAACACAAUGACAAUGACAAAUCAGAAGAUCCAGGCAUUACCACAGUCAAACAACAAUGAAACAAUCAUCAUAGAACGUAUACUGGAAGCAAAUCAGCAACAGAAGGCCGAUGUUGAGAGGGCCCUGGGAGUAACGCUACAGAAGGGGGACGUGGAGGCAGUCCCCCCUAAAAUCUACAACAUGAACAACAGUGCUGAGAACCGACCCUACAAGUGCGAGGAUUGUGGGAAGCAUUUCCGGAAGAAGACGCAUGUCUUAGCUCACAUGAAGUACCACAACGGAGAGACGCUGCCCAAAUGUGAUGUCUGUGGAAAGGAGUUUCUUUACAAACACAAUCUGAUUUCCCAUGCCUCCAUUCACAGUGGGGAGAGGCCUUACCAGUGUAAUGCGUGUCCCAAAAACUUCCGACGCAAAGACGAUUUACAGAUCCACAUGCGAACCCAUACUGGCGAACGUCCAUAUAAAUGUGACAUUUGUGGAAAGUGUUUUACGACACAGAAUCAGCUCCCCAAACACAAGCGUACUCAUACAGGAGAGAAGCCAUACCAGUGUACAGUGUGUAACAAGAGUUUCCGCACUAAGCCUCACUUAGAAAAACAUCACAGGACACACAGUGGAGAAAGACCCUAUAGCUGUCAGGAAUGUGGACGUGCCUUCACACAGAAUGCUCAUCUGAUUGCACAUCAGCGAACACAUACCGGCGAAAAACCAUUCGAGUGUGACGAGUGUGAUAAGGCAUUCAAAGAAAGCAAGACCUUAAAACGUCACAAGCUCAUCCACAAAAAUGGCAUGCCUUUCAGCUGUCCUAUCUGCUUCAAAGGAUUUCUGAGGCAGCAGAACUUGGAGGUUCACAUGUGUGUCCAUUCAGAAGAUGAGCCCAAGUACAAGCGUAAACUUCGCCUGAAGCGUGAGAUGAUGGAACGACUGCGGGCCGAAGACGAAGCAGAGGGCGCGCUACAGAUGGACGUCAGUGGCGAUUUCUCAGCGUUAAAUCACGAUCACAUGGAGAUGGUGAAGAGUCGUAAGGGGAUGGAGGAACUCAGCAUGGAGAGUCAGACGAUCAUAGAGGAGGAAGUGUCUGGGCUGGACCACGAUCACCUGGGGCUGGACGGGAAAGACGAAACAGAGGCCGCCACACAGAAGGUGUCUGAAGAGAAUGGAGAGAUGGUGAUUGAUUCAUCAGAGGACACGAAUCAGAACUCGAUUGCCAGCAGUCUGCUAACCUUAGUAGAGAUGAUCACUAGUGCUGAGCAGGGUGGGGCCCAGGCAGCUAAUGUCCAGCACGUACAGCAGGUGCCUGGUGACGUAAGUACAGAGCCCUCUCCUGCUAAUUCUGUCAUCACGACAGCAGCUGUUCAGGAGGUGGACAAUAAAGACCUGCUAAUUCCUAGCAGCAACGCGACAACCGGGGUCAUUCAGAAUGUGUUAAGUCAAGGUCAGCCUACAGGUAUAAGCCAGGCUGAGGGACUGGCUCAGAAUAUCAUUAUAACAGAGGUGGAUGGCAGUGAACAACAGAUAAUCCAGACAAUGACAGGAGAGUUCGGGGAUGGAGAAACUUACGUCGUCCAAUAUGUCCAGGAAGAUUCCUGAGUGUGACUGACCGAGGGCUACUCAGCUACACGUAGUUAAAACGACACUGUUAUUCAUGUGUUCUUGUUUAUUCAAUAUUUCUCCUGAAAAUUGUGUUUGUCUUAUGCAUUUUUUCCUUUGAAAUUUUGUUAUGUCAUUGCCUUUAACUGAGAGGCACUAAAACUUCUUAAAUUUGUUCCUUAAUUAUUUUGUCACAGUGAUAAUAUAUGCAUGAAUUUUUAUUGUUGAAAUAUAUGAUUUAAGAAUGGAUAUUAAUAUGACAGACAAUUUAUAUAAUGUAUAUUUUUUAAAAUAUACAGUAUAU